AUGAACGCGCCCGCCGAUCACCCAUCCAUCGUGCAGCAACAACAAGAGAAAAAAAACACCACACGAUACUCCACAGUUGCAACCCGACCCAGCCACGAAGCCAAACGAGGCGAGGAGAGAGGAUCCGGGCCGGGAUCCCGGGCGGGCCGGCGGGCGAUGCCGAUGGCGGGGAGAUCCUCGGGCCGCGGCGGCGGCGGCGGGAGGACGGUGCUGGGGGGCCGCGGCGGCGGGCCGGGGGUGGAGGACGCGGUGGUGAUGGAGCUGGCGGCGGGGGAAGGGGAGGACAACGUCGUCACCGUCAACUGCCCCGACCAGGCCGGCCUCGGCUGCGACCUCUGCCGCACCAUCCUCGAGUUCGGCCUCCGCAUCACCCGCGGCGCAGAUGUGUCGACGGACGGGCAGUGGUGCUACGUGAUUUUCUGGGUGGUGCCACGCUCGCCAUCCAUCAACGUCCGGUGGGGGAGCCUCAAGAACCGGCUCAUGGCGAUGUGCCCUUCGUCAUACGCCAUCCCGUUCUACCCUGAAAUCACCGAGCCAGGGCCCCCGCAGUUCUACCUCCUCAAGCUCUUCUCAACCGACCGUAGGGGGCUGUUGCAUGAUGUCACGCAUAUACUGUCGGAGCUAGAGUUUAUAAUCCAGAGAGUGAAGGUGUCGACCACGCCUGACGGGAGAGUUGUCAACCUCUUCUUUAUCACUGAUGGCAUGGAACUGUUGCAUACGAAGGAAAGGCAAGAAGAGAUUUGCUCGAUGCUGAUUGCUACCUUAGGCCCUUCCCUAACUUGUGAAAUCCUAUCUGCGGAAGGGUUCCAGCAAGGAUUCUCUUCUCUUCCACCAACAAUCUCUGAGGAGCUGUUCAGAUUGGAACUAGAUGAAUGUGAGAGCAGUUCAGGGCCUCUUUGUGCAGAGAUGAAAAAGGUGCAGAAGGCCACCAUCAACUUCGACAAUACCCUGAGUCCUGCACACACACUGCUCCAAAUUCUUUGUGUUGAUCAGAAAGGUCUCCUUUAUGACAUGUUGAGAACACUCAAGGACUGCAACAUUAAGGUCACUUAUGGGAGAUUCUGGUCAGACAAGAAAGGUUUUCGAGAGGUGGAUCUUUUUAUCAAGCAAGCAGAUGGCAAGAAGGUUAUUGAUCCUGAGAAACAGGAUGCUCUGAGGUCCCGCAUGAGAUCUGAAAUGCUCCAUCCUCUUAGGGUGAUGAUCGUCAACCGUGGACCUGACACUGAGCUCCUUGUUGCCAACCCUGUUGAACUAGCCGGGAAGGGCCGGCCACGGGUCUUCUAUGAUGCUACUUUGGCUCUGAAAGCGCUUGGAAUCUGCAUUUUCUCUGCAGAAAUCGGGAGACAGGCAGCGUCGGAGCGCCAAUGGGAGGUCUACCGAUUCCUCCUGGACGACAGCAAAGAAUUUCCCUUGUCAAACAGCCUAACUAAUAGGAACCGUGUUGUUGAUAGAGUAAGGAAAACACUGAUGGGCUGUUUCAACUGA